CAAAAUAAAGUGCCUGAAAAAAGGUUAAAUCGGUAAACUAAGUGCACGUUUUCAAACCAGUAUCUUUGGGAAAUUAUUCUUUUGAAAGAUAACCAAUUUAAGUGUUAGUUGAUGUGCUGUACAUCGAAAUUUUCGGUUUGAAAGUGCUCGCAAUUUUCUAAAGGUGAGAAAAUUCCUGCCUGCAAAGUGACAGCCGAACGGUGCGGACUUGCCGCCACGGAACACCAGUCGUCUCUUUCGCGCACCCGUAGAAUUUCAUUGUAGCUCCAUCAGUUUACGAAUGUUUGAGUGAAUGAGUCUACUACGGAGUUGACAGUUCUCAACAGCACAACAAUAAAAUUUGUGAUCGCGAGGAGAAUCGACAUCUGCACUGAAUCGCUUCGUUUUGGAUCGUUCCGCAGGAUAAUUUUCCGGUACGAGCGUCUCCGUAAAUUUGGUCACAAUUUCGAAACGAAAGCGAGAUUCGUCCGGUUCCGGCGGUGGUGGUGGUAGAAGUGGUCGCGAUCUUUCCGGAAAACGAUUGAAAUCUGCUACGGGCGUAGGAAGUAGCAGCAGCAGUGCUUUUGCUCUUGGAGCAUCAGAGGAGGAAGGUCUGUCAGGCAACGCUAUGAAUUUGACCGAAAAUGACCGGAAACGGGCUAAUUUUUCCGCCCUCAGCAACACCAACGGAGCGGUCAUCAAAAUGACGACGAACACCGGAACGGGCAAGCCCGGGGAUAUCAAGAAGAUUGUUAUUAAAAACUUUAAAUCCAAACCCACACUGCCGGAAAACUAUCAGGAGCACACCUGGCAGAAACUCCGCGAGGCGGUCAUCGCCAUCCAGACGUCCAAGCGAAUCGAGUACUCACUGGAGGAGCUCUACCAGGCGGUGGAGAACAUGUGCAGCCACAAGAUGGACUCGCAGUUGUACGUCAAUCUGACGGCCCUCGCCGAGCAGCAUGUGAAGGCCAACAUCACCUCCUUCCUGGCCGAGUCGAUCGACAAGCUGGUCUAUCUGAAAAAGAUGAACGAUUGCUGGCAAUCGCACUGCCAGCAGAUGAUCAUGAUCAGGAGCAUCUUUCUGUAUCUGGACAGGACGUACGUUCUGCAGAAUCCGACCGUCCAUUCCAUCUGGGACAUGGGGCUGGAGUUGUUUCGUGAUCACAUAGCCAUGAACACACUAGUGCAGGCUCGAACCGUGGAAGGAAUUUUAAUUUUGAUAGAGAAGGAACGAAACGGAGAUACAGUGGAUAGAACACUGUUAAAAAGUCUGCUUAGAAUGCUGUCCGAUUUACAGAUAUACAAAGAAGCGUUCGAGCAAAAGUUCCUGGUCGCCACGAAGCACCUGUACCAAUCGGAAGGGCAGGCCAAGAUGGAUGAGCUGGAAGUUCCUGACUAUCUGCUGCACGUCGACAAACGAUUACAGGAGGAAAACGAGCGUCUAUUGCACUAUUUGGACAGCUGUACGAAACACCACUUGAUUGUAACCGUAGAACGCCAACUAAUAACUGAACACAUAACCGGCAUCUUGCAGAAAGGCCUCGAUCAACUGCUGGAAGGAAAUCGACUUUCCGAUCUCACCCUGCUGUACUCCCUAUUUAGCAGAGUUAAAAACGGAACAACAGAACUGUGUGCUUCCUUCAAUGCGUACAUAAAAAAGAAAGGCCGCACAAUAGUCAUCGAUCCGGAAAAGGACAAAUCGAUGGUACAGGAUUUGCUAGAUUUCAAAGACAAACUAGACAACAUCGUUAACACGUGUUUCGAUCGGAACGAAAAGUUCUCCAAUUCCCUCCGGGAAGCGUUCGAAUUUUUCGUCAAUCAACGCUCGAACAAACCAGCCGAACUGAUUGCCAAAUACGUCGACAUGAAGCUGCGUGCCGGCAACAAGGAGGCAACCGAAGAGGAGCUGGAACAGAUACUGGACAAAAUUAUGGUUCAGUUUCGGUUCAUUCACGGUAAGGAUGUGUUCGAGGCGUUCUACAAGAAGGAUCUUGCCAAGCGGUUAUUGGUCGGAAAGUCCGCUUCGGUUGAUGCCGAGAAAAGUAUGCUGUCGAAGCUGAAACAGGAAUGCGGUGGUGGUUUCACCUCCAAGCUGGAGGGCAUGUUUAAGGAUAUGGAGCUCAGUAGGGAUAUCAAUAUCGCAUUUAGACAGUACAUGGCAAACUCCGAAAGCAAGGAACUGCAAAACAUUGAUUUAACGGUUAACAUCCUAACGAUGGGCUUUUGGCCAACGUACCCGGUUAUGGAGGUAACAUUGCCUCAGGAGUUGCUGCAGUAUCAGUCGAUAUUUAACAAAUUCUAUCUGGCGAAGCACAGCGGUAGGAAGUUGCAGUGGCAACCAACGCUGGGGCAUUGUGUUCUGAAGGCACGCUUUGACGCGGGACCAAAAGACUUGCAGGUUUCAUUGUUCCAAGGGCUGGUUUUGUUGCUGUUCAACUACAACCCAAACAUUACCUUCGAAGAGAUUAAAGCGGCGGUAAAUAUUGAGGAUGGUGAAUUGCGUCGCACGCUGCAGUCGUUAGCUUGUGGCAAGGCACGGGUAUUGACUAAAAUCCCGAAAGGGCGUGAGGUGGAAGACAAUGACAAGUUCCAAUUUAACAAUGAGUUUACAAAUAAGCUGUUUAGGAUUAAAAUUAAUCAGAUUCAGAUGAAGGAAACGAAUGAAGAACAGAAAGCCACUGAGGAACGCGUCUACCAGGACCGGCAGUACCAGAUUGACGCGGCGAUUGUUCGCAUCAUGAAGAUGAGAAAAACUCUCAGCCACAAUUUGCUCAUCAGCGAACUGUACAUGCAUCUGACUUUUCCAGUAAAGCCGGCGGACCUCAAGAAGCGGAUCGAAUCGCUGAUCGAUCGGGACUACAUGGAGCGGGAUAAGGACAACCAAAAUCAAUACAAUUACGUCGCCUAAUUCGUCGAACAGUAAGUAUAAGGGAACAUAUAGAGGGAGUGAGCCAACGACGGGCAAAUGAUGACACGUGCGGAAGGGUGACUAUUUUUUCGUCACCUUGCUCAAUGAUAAUACCGGAUGCAGUUUCCAGCUAGCCAAAUUGAACCUCUCGAAGAAAGCUUCGCGAAAACAUGGCGCAAAAUAUGUCCGUUUUUUAAAAAAAACUACUCAAUAAGGAAGACGGUAAGUGUUUGUCCAUCUGUGCUUACAUGGAAAGAAAGAUUGUGUUUGGAAUUUUUUUUUACAUCCGUGCUGGACGACAAUCGCCACGGAUUGUCAAGUGAUCAGUUUGUUUUAGAAGUUAGAUGCAAGCGCAGUUAGGUCAAACUAUUAUAAUAUGCUAUUUCAUAAUAAAUUUACGAAACCAACGAUGAGUUGCGAGCGGAAGUUUAUAACAUUAGAUCGAACUGAGCUCGCCUCGAAGCCCGUACUCAUGCUUUACCCGUAGGCAUGCAACGAAAUGAUGGUUCCCGCUCGUGUCUUCGUUGCUAGUAAAACACAGCUCGACAACGGCCUCUAACUGCAAAUGCUUUAACAGAGAUAAGCAAAAAUGUGUAAUUCAGGUUAGAUGGAUAGUUGAAUUGAAGCGAAAACAAAAAAAAAGCAACCAAUGAAAUAUCCUUUGUAAAUAAUUUGCAUACGAUUGCUGUUGUAACGAUUAGAACACAAAAUGGUAAACAGAAACAUUAAAAUUAGUACUACUAGUGACGCUAAUGGAAUUAAUUCAAAAAAUUGCAGUCUUUGAACAUCUUGUAAGUGCAAAAAAAAAAAACAGAAAAUAAAA